AUGUCCAAGCUGUGGCUCAGACUCGUCGUCACCGCUGUACUGUGCAGCGUGAUCCUGGUCGACACAUCACACGGUCACGUAGCUGAACACAGGGCCGGCCUGCACAAGCGUGAAUCUUCCUCUGGAGGUGGCGGCGGUUACGGUGGCGGUUACGGGGGCGGUUACGGCGGCGGCAGCGGCGGUGGUUACAACCCAGCUGACACUGCCGCCUACUAUGCUAACAAGUACGGGGGCUCGGGAGGGGGCGCUGGCUUCGGGUAUGGCAAGGGCUAUGGGUCUGGGGCAGGGACUCAAACCUCCCAGCACGGCACGGACGGUGCUUCUAACGCUGGCAAGGCAGGCGGUGGGAGUGUGAGCACGCACGGCAAGACUGGAGGUACUACCUCAUACUCUUCCGGAAAUCUAGGCGCUGGCAGCGAAUCUGGUCACAGUAGUGCUGCAGGCUCGACCAACAAUGCCAACGCAGACAGCAACACCAAUAUUGGCUCUGCCGGCGGUGGAACUGGCACAGCUAAAGGAAGUAGAGUUGGCGGCACUGGGAACGGAGGAAGCACAACAAACACUUCAACCGCCCACCAAGGAGGUUCGAGCGGGACUGAUUUUGACUCUGAAUCAAACAAAGCCACGGGCGUAAGCACAAAAUCUGGCACGACUACCGCGCAUGAUAGUGCUACGCGCUCCACAGAGAGCUCCCAGAACGCCAAGACUCCUAGCUCCAACACCGGAGCCUCUGGAAACGAACAAGGCACCGGCUCCAACACAAGUGUCUCUGGUAGCGUCGGAGCCAAGAAUGGCAGCAACAGGGGGUCCAGCGGCGGUGCAAACGGAUCGGGAAGCGGGUCGGGCGGUGGCGCUGGAGGGGGCGUCGGUGGAGGGAAGGCAGAAACUGGCAGCACAGCCGGCCUGUCCGUCGUCAAGACGGGACCCGGAAAAGCUGUAGGCCUGGAUACGAAUUACUGGACUCCAGGAGGAGGGAAUGAAGCACACGUGUCCAUUAUCAAAGGUCCUCCAGCGGGCUUCAAAAUGUCUUGGGACAAGACCAGCGCUUUGUUCGGAAUGGGCCUUGACGAUAGCGAUCAAAGCCGGUGAGGGCGUCCGAGCUCUGAAAUAGUCUACCGAGGCCAAGAAGCUGACCCUCUUCAUAUUUGCCGGACUUUGUUUCCCUAGAGUUGUAGGUUUCAAUGCCGCUCAGUUCGACGUUACCGGCAUGACGUGGCUCUCUGUCUAUGGUUGGUGCGAGUCGCCCCAGCUCAUUGAGUACUACAUCAUCGAAAACCAUGGCGACACCAAGGCGUUUCAAGGCAAAGAGACCGUCGCGACCGCAGAGAUUGAUGGCAGUUCCUACACUUUCGUUACAAAUCCGCGCAUUGGAAAACCGUCAAUCAAAGGCCAGUCCACCGACUUUAUACAAUACAUCAACAUCAGAUCGGAGCCCCGAAAUCAAGGCAAAGUUAGCACGGCCAAGCAUUUUGAAAUGUGGGGUAAAGCAAAAGGCGAAAUGAGCAAGUGUUCCCAUCAAAUCGUCGCAGUUGAAGGUGUCAAUAGCUCUGGAGAGGUCAUCGUUACAGUAGACUUUGGCCAAGGUGGUGGCGGUGGCGGUGAAGGUAGCGAAGGAGGCUCGGCCGGCGGUGGGACGGGGCAAGCAGGCUCAUCAGCGGCUCACAAACGUUCGGAAAGCUCGAACUUGACUGGACCGAACAAAGCUCAUUUAUUACGACGCCAGCUUCCAAGCGGUUUGAGGGAUAUGAUCGAGUCAUACUCGGGGCAGCGCAUUCCAACCAAGUAUGGCGCCGAAGGUCUCGAGACCGAGAAGUCUCAAAACACUCCUACGCAACACAACACGCCCUCCAAGCACAACAAUGCCGGCACACGAAAUGACCAGCCUCAGACAUCGCCUGCCAACCUUCCUUCGAGGAAAACCUCCGCAUCUGCCUCCACGGACGCUACUGUGGAGGCUGACACACACGACGGCAAAGGCACUGUGCAUAAGAGCUCCCAUCAGGAGGUGCACGCACGAAGCGAGCUGCCAUCUACGUACGCGCCCAAGAAGGCGCUCACAAAGCGCUCCCAUCGCCGUCACCGACCCUUCCGCUUUUGA